AUGUCCGACCCCGUGGCCGCCUUCAAGCUUGUCCUCUGUGGUGACGGUGGUACCACCACCUUUGUCAAGCGUCACCUUACUGGCGAGUUCGAGAAGAAGUACAUCGCCACCCUUGGUGUCGAGGUCCACCCCCUCGUCUUCCACACCUCGCACGGCACCCUCUGCUUCAACGUUUGGGACACUGCCGGCCAGGAGAAGUUCGGUGGUCUCCGUGACGGCUACUACAUCCAGGGCCAGUGCGGUAUCAUCAUGUUCGACGUCACCUCGCGUAUCACCUACAAGAACGUCCCCAACUGGCACCGUGACCUCGAGCGUGUCUGCGAGAACAUCCCCAUCGUUCUCUGCGGUAACAAGGUCGACGUCAAGGAGCGCAAGGUCAAGACCGCCAACGUCACCUUCCACCGCAAGAAGAACCUCCAGUACUUCGAGAUCUCGGCCAAGUCCAACUACAACUUCGAGAAGCCCUUCCUGUGGCUCGCCCGCAAGCUCGUCGGCAACCAGGGUCUCGAGUUUGUCGCCGCCCCCGCCCUCGCUCCCCCUGAGGUCCAGGUCGACGACGAGACCAAGGCCAAGAUCGAGGCCGACCUCGAGCUGGCUGCCAACGCUCCCCUCCCCGACGAGGACGACGCCGACCUUUAA